AUGCAGAACCCAUGGUUUGAUGUUGAUGAUUUUGAUGAUUCAGAAGAUGCAAAUGGUUCUUGCUUUAUGGGAGUCUUUAAUCGCCAUCCUGCGGAAAUAGCUGCUUCUCUUCCACGUCCAAGCACACCAUUCGGAUAUCCACAAAGGAUGUCAAUACAGACAAAAUUUUCCGAUGAAUAUUCUUCCUCCUCUUGCGAAGCAGAGAGCCCUGUUAUUCACUCGCGCCCUCAGAACAUUUUCCAAGGAUCGCUUGUUUCUGUUUUUUAA